CGAUGGCAUCUCAAGCGCAGAAGCGCGUUAAUGCCGUUGUUUCCAGGCUCAUUCCGCCCCUGUUACUCGGCGUGACCAUCUACGCUUCUUACGCUGUCACGAAACCGUUAUGCAUUGACUACUUAAUACAUCCAUUACCAUCCUACAACCGAGGCUCGCGAGUCGGCGCUGGCGCUGCGAUUCUCGCGAUCUAUUACGUCCUCCUAAUACCGAUGGUCGUCACUUAUCUACGCCUCUAUUACUAUGUCUUAUGGAACCCUGGGUACCUACCGCUAGGCGCACAGCGAUUACAGGAUGACGAAAAUGAGAAGCACUCGAAGCGCUCCCAUCCGAAGCGCCGUCGCCGGAGAGGCAGCUCGCGCAAAGCUCCGGACCCUGAGAAGACGCAGCAACCCGAGGAAGAUGUGGAAAGAGGGGUGCUUGCCAGUGCUGGAAAUGAUCCAUAUCAGCUAGACUUCUCCGGGCUGGAGAAGUUCUACUCAAAAGAUGUUUUUGUCUGUCAGGAGGAUGGCCGGCCUCCGUGGUGUACUACAUGCUGCAUAUUCAAACCAGACAGGUCGCACCACUGCCGUGAACUGGGUCGUUGUGUGCGCAAAAUGGAUCACUUCUGCCCUUGGGUUGGAGGCGUGGUAUCGGAAACAUCGUUCAAAUUUUUCAUUCAAUUUGUCUUUUACACUACCCUAUACUGCAGCUUUACCCUCAUUGUGCUUGCAUAUUUCACAGCAGAGUUACGGCGUCAGACCGGAGGAGCAAACCCUCAUUGGUGUGUUUGCAUCGGACUGGCUGCCCUAUUCGGCUUUUUUGCAGCAGGAAUGACCCUCAGCUCAGUCCAAAUGGCCCUAUUCAACGUCACAACAAUCGAAAACCUAAACCGCCACUCAGUCGUCUGGACCCUAGCCGUCCGAGUCCCAGAACAUCUAACCAACAGACUCUGGACAACAGACUCUCCGUGGGCCCCAACCUUCCGAAUGGUCUCCUACCCCCCAGCAACCCCCUCAACACCGGACAGACCCCAAGCCGACGCAUCCACCGGCGAAAAACACGUCUUCGCAAUUCUCCACACCCUACCAGGCGAAAACCCCUUCGACCUCGGCAGCCCAUUCAAAAACGUCCAACAGGUCAUGGGAUACAGCAUUGCUGAUUGGUUCCUCCCCAUCAAGCAGAGCCCCUGCGCCGACCACAGUAGUAUGGAGAGCGACUUUGCCCUGGGACCCGUUGUCACCCGAUUAAAGCAGGAGGCUGGUCUUGUCCCGCAUGAGAAUGGAAAUGGCGCCACUACACAGUCUGCUACGUAGGUGGGACUGGGAGUCCACCAUUUUUUGGUCAGCUUAGCGCUUGGAUGCAUUUGCAUAAUUUCUUUUAAA